ACACCUUUACCAAAAGCGACUGCUAGUUGAACCCCAUUUUAUACAUACAACACACACACACACACAUAUCGAACUCAAGGUACAUUUGCAGAUCUGAAGCUCAUUUUGUGUUCAUAACCUAACUGAGGCUUGAAGGUUGAACCAGUUCUAACAGGCAUCUAUUGACAAUGGGGAAGUCUCCAGGAAAGUGGAUCAAGACUGUGCUUUUUGGGAAAAAGUCAUCGAAAUCUAAUCUCUCUAAAGAUGCCAUUGUAAACAAGAAGACCUCCAUCAAUUCUAAGCCACCAUCAAAGGAUUUUGAUGAUGAUUCUAUGGUGAUUUCAAGCCCAGUGCCUCCUAUUAUGCAUAUCAGUGGAGAACAUACAGAGUUAGAGAAGACCGCCAGUGCCAACCUAACGAGUGAUACAACUGAAGUUGUAAGGAGUACCGUGGGGCUGAAUACUGCUAAAGAAGACGAGUUAAUCAAGCUAGAGCAAGCUGCCACAAAGGCACAGGCAGCUUUCAGGGGUUACAUGGCUCGUCGGGCAUUUUGUGCCCUCAAGGGAAUCAUAAGGCUUCAAGCGCAAGUUCGUGGUCGUUUGGUUAGGAAACAGGCUGUAGCUACUUUGAGAUGCAUGCGCGCGAUUGUUGAGUUUCAGGCGCUGGCUCGUGGCCGGAGAGUCAGACUUUCUGGUGAUGGUAGUCACAUGCUUCGAAAAUACGCUCCAGGAGAACUUGUGGAUAAGAAACGGGCAGAUUUGCUUGGCACAUCUCUCCGAUCAGAAAAGCUAUCAACAAAUGCAUUUGGCACUAAGCUUGUUGCUUCAUCGCACACGGUCAUGCCUUUAAUCAUCCAGUAUGAUGCGACUGAACCGAAUUCAGUUCCAAAAUGGCUUCAGCGUUGGUCGUCUUCCCGCUUUUGGGAACCACUUCCACAACAGGAAAAGAAGCCCAAUUCAAAGCCUAAAAGAAAGCAAACAAAAUUACAACCCGAAGAACCAGAAAGCGGAAGGCCAAAAAGAAGCGUUCGCCGAGUUCCAGCGGCAAAUCUCGAAAGUAACCUGGUCAAAUCCACCGAAACCGAGAAACCGAAACUUACUUCAAGGAAAACGUCUAGCCACCAACCGGAAUCAGUGCAGGAGCAUUCUCAUAAUGAACUCGAAAAGGUGAAACGCAAUCUACGGAAGAUUUCCAUAUUGACUUCCGAAAAGUCUGAAGUUCCAACCGAAAAACUGCCAAUCGUUUUGGAUCAUGUGUCAGACUCCCCAAAUCCCGAUACUUCUGCACAGGGUUCGGUUCAGCCGUUUGUGGAACUAAAUGAUGUAAUAACCGAACCACCUGAACCCGAGCCUGAACCACUUCCGGUUCCACCUCUAGAGGCUAAACCGCAGGAUGGUUUGCAAGAUGAUCAUCAGGCGGUUGAGCCACUGGCUGGAGAAACCAAUGGGAAUGUGGAGUUAAACGGCUCGGAAAAUAAUUGUAGCAAAGAAAACCAGAAAACAAGGAGAAGAAAGUCUUUUCCAGCAAAACAAGAGUAUGGUGAGAGUGGCUUGCCGAACACAGCGGCUUUGCCGAGCUAUAUGGCUGCGACUGAAUCGGCUAAGGCUAAGCUUAGAGCUCAAGCCGUGGCUAAGGCUGCAGAAGAUGGUGGUGAAAAUGGUUUCAUCAGGCGGCAUUCGCUGCCAUCAUCCACCACCGGAAAACCGAGCUUGCAGUCACCGCGGGUUCAGAAGCCGUUACAAGCCAACGGCAAAGGAUGGACUAAAAGUAACAAACCGCAAAUAUUCACUAGAGACGAUAAAGUGGUCCAAAUGGGGUGGAAGAGAUGAUCAUGUAAACUGCUUCUUUGUUUUAUGCUUAUUAUAUUCCUUUCAGGCUUUUGGGUGGUGUUAUUAUUAGCCAAUGUACAGUGAUGGGCCCCACAUUGUUUUUGGACCUAUUUAUUUUAACAUCAUUUUGUGUGUUUCAAUGUAUUUGGUUUGGAUAUUGGAUAUCAUAUGCUCAUCGUAGAGAUGGCCCAAUGGGCCUGAUCUG